AUGACGGGGGUUGGUGUCGGUGAGAGACGCCGGCGACGAGUGGGAAAGGCCGACGUCGAGAGCGGCCACGAGUGGGGAAAGGCCGACGUCGAGAGCGGCGACGUGGAAAGGUCCGAGAGCGGCGAACGGAGUGGGAAAGGCCGACGUCGGAGCGGCGACGAGGGGAAGGCCGACGUCGGCAGAGCGCGAGUGGGCCAGCCAGAGAGCGGCGACGAGGGAAAGGCCGACGUCGAGACCGGCGACGAGUUGGAAAGGCGACGUCGAGAGCGGCGACGAGUGGGAAAGGCCGACGUCGAGCGGCGACGAGUGGAAAGGCCGACGUCGAGUGGAAGAGCGAGAGCCACGAGGGAAAGGGCCCCGACGUGCGAGAGCGAACGACUGGGAAAGGCCGAACGUCGAAAGCGGCGACGAGUGGGAAGGCCGACGUCGAGCGGCGACGAGUGGGAAAGGCCGACGUCGAGCGCGACGAGAAAGGCGACGUCGAGAGCGGCGACGAGUGGGAAAGGCCGACGUCAAGAGCGGCCACGAGUGGGAAAGGCCGACGUGAGAAGCGGCCACGAGUGGGAAAGGCCGACGUCGAGAGCGGCGACGAGUGGGAAAGGCCGACGUCGAGAGCGGCGACGAGUGGGAAAGGCCAACGACGUUGACGAGAGCGGGCGACGAGUGGGAAAGGCCGACGUCGAGAGCGGCGACGAGUGGGAAACGAGUCGAGAGCGGCGAAAGGCCGACGUCGAGAGCGGCCACGAGUGGGAAAGGCCGACGUCGAGAGCGGCGACGAGUGGGAAAGGCCGACGUCGAGAGCGGCACGAGUGGAAAGGCCGACGUCGAAGCGGCACGAGUGGGAAAGGCGACGUCGAGAGCGGCCACGAGUGGGAAAGGCCGUACGUCGAGAGCGGCCACGAGUGGGAAAGGCCGACGUCGGAGCGGCGACGUGGAAAAACGAGCUGGGAAAGAGCGACGUCACGAGGGCGGCCACGAGUGGGAAAGGCCGACGUCGAGAGCGGCGACGAGUGGGAAAGGGCCGACGUCGAGAGCGGCACGAGUGGAAGGCCGACGUCGAGAGCGGCGACGAGUGGGAAAGGCCGGACGUCGAGAGCGGCGAAGGGAAAGGCCGACGUCGAGAGCGGCGACGGGAACGACGUGGGACGAAGAAGGCGACGUCGAGAGCGGCACGAGUGGGAAGGCCGACGUCGAGAGCGGCACGAGUGGUGCGAGAAGCCGACGUGGGAAAGGCGACGUCGAGAGCGGCCACGAGUGGGAAAAGGCCGACGUCGAAGAGCGGCCGACGAGAGUGGGAAAGGCCGACGUCGAGAGCGGCGACGAGAAGCCGACGUCGAGAGCGGCGACGAGUGGGAAAGGCCGACGUCGAGAGCGGCGACGAGUGGGAAAGACGGCGAGAGCGGCGACGACGUGGGAAAGGCCGACGUCGAGGCGCGACGAGUGGGAAACGACGUCGAGAGCGGCGACGAGUGGGAAAGGCCGACGUCGAGAGCGGCGACGAGUGGGAAAACGAGGGCCGACGUCGAGAGCGGCGACGAGUGGGAAAGGCCGAGUGGCGACGAUCGGCGACGAGUGGGAAAGGCCGACGUCGAGAAGCGGCGCGACGAGUGGGGAAAGGCGACGUCGAGAGCGGCGACGAGUGGGAAGGCCGACGUCGAGAGCGGCGACGAGUGGGAAAGCGGACGAGUGGGAAAGCUGACGUCAGAGCGGCGACGAGUGGGAAAGGCCGACGUCAGGGAAGCGCGACGAGUGGGAAAGGGCCGACGUGGAGAGCGGCACGAGUGGAUCAAAGGCCGGACCGUCCGAGACGGGCGACGAGUGGAAAAGGCCGACGUCGAGAGCGGCGUGACGAGUGGGAAAGGCCGACCGUCGCAGAGCGGCCGCACGAGUGGAAGGUUACGCGAGAGCGGCACGAUAUUAAUGCGACGUCACGGGAUCGGCGACGAGGGGAAAGGCCGACGUCUGAGAGCGGCGCGAGUGGGAAGGCCGACGUCGAAGAGCGGGCCACGGAGUGGGAAAGCCGAUGUCCGAGACGGCGGCGACGAGUGGGGAAAGCCGGAGCGAGCUGGGAAGGCUGACAUCGAGAGCGGCGACGAGUGGAAAGGCCGACGUCCAGGAGCGGCGACGGUUGUAAAGGCCGACGUGGAGAGCGGCUCGAGUCGAGUGUGA